CGAACAAAGAUGGCUCCAUCUCUCCCCUUCCAUUCACGCACCAAAAUAGCCAGCAGAUUCAGCAUAUUAAGGCUCGGUAUAUUGAUCCUGCGAUGAAUGGGUCUAUACUAGAGUCGAAUGUAUCUAGCUUCGACAGAAGCAAUGCACCACAAUCUUCAUUCAGUCGACCGACCCACCACCUGCCCUCGAACCAAACGAGGGUUUCUAAUUCAUUGCCCUCACAGCAAACAGACUCGGUCACUGCUGAACUCCUUCCACCCGAGGCUCGAACCAGAAAUUCAGUCCACAACACUUUGAAAAAGACAUCUGAACAUCUGCCUCCGACGUCGUCUAAUAAAUCGGCAGAACCGACUAAUAGAAUCCUCAUGACUUCAGAGUCUGGUUCUAAUCAAAUGAUUCCUUCGUCGACUAAAAGCUCGAACGUUCAGUUUACAUCAAAUAGCCUAGGUCCUAUUCCUACAAACCACAAUGGUACACAGGACAAUGGCACACAGGAACCUGCUCCAGGGUCUGUUCGGCCGACCUCCAUACCUGAUACCCAGUCUUCUUUAACUUCAAUUGGCUCUUCGAAUCAGACGCACCCUACCAGCUUGUCAGCUCCGAAUGUGACUUCGCCAAUACUUUCCCCAAUACAGACCUCUAAGUCCAACUUGCCAUCUCCCAUAACCUCGAGCCAAUCAAACUUCACCACCGAUCUCUCUACACCUAUCACAAUCUUCCCCAUCAGCAAAUAAGACACAUCCACCAGCAUAACAUACAUAGCAACCAGCACCGUCGACUCCAACAAUCAGCCAACCGAUGUCUGGAAAUGCCAGGGCGACCUUUGCGAUACCACCAGCAGCAAAAGCUGUAUCAUUCCCGCCUUCUGUGCCGACGAGCCGGAUCUCGGUCCUUCCUGGGGUCUAUGCUGUGGCUUCAUCCCGCUUCCCCUACCUGGUGGCGGGAGUCUACUUCCUGGAGGCCCUCCUGUGCCGCCUAUAAUCGGCCCUCCUGCUCCUCCUGGGCCACC